ACUUAUUCACAUCUACACACAUUCCCGAACUCUCUUAUCCUCUUCUACCAAUCAGCUCUUUGCCCCAUCUGCAAACUUAACUACCAUGGGGUCAAGAGCUUUCAGCCGAUCUGCCCCCCGCCUUUGGAACUCUCUCCCACCAGACAUUAGCACCUCUGACACUGUCUCCACCUUUAAAUCCCGCCUGAAAACGCACCUAUUCAGAGUGGCAUACUCUGUCUCACACUAACUAUGCCAUCACAUUCUUGUUUAUUUAUUGUACUAAUGCACUUUGAAAUCAUCUUCUACGAGGACAAGAACUUCCAGGGUCGCUCCUAUGAGACCGGCAGCGACUGCGCUGAUAUGUCCUCCCACCUGAGCAGGUGCCAUUCCUGCAAGGUGGAGAGCGGCUGCUUCAUGAUCUAUGACCGUCCCAACUACAUGGGUCAGCAGUACUUCCUGAGGAGAGGAGAGUACUCUGACUACCAGCGUAUGAUGGGUUUCGGUGACUGCAUCAGAUCCUGUCGUAUGAUCCCAAUGCACAAAGGAUCCUAUAGAAUUAGGCUGUACGAGAUGGAGAACUUUGGAGGUCAGAUGCAGGAGCUGAUGGACGACUGUGACAACAUCCAGGACCGCUACCGCAUGUCCGAUUGCCAGUCCUGCAACGUGAUGGAUGGCCACUGGCUGAUGUACGAGCAGCCCCACUACAAAGGCAAAAUGAUGUACCUGAGGCCCGGAGAGUACAGGAGCUUCAGGGACAUGGGAUACGAUGGAAUGAGAUUCAGCUCUAUCAGACACAUCAAUGACUCCUGUUAA